CUGUUUUAAUGAUAAUAUUUGAUUCUGUUAAGCGGCUGGCGUAAUUAAUCAUGUUAAAAUCUCUACUGGGAAAAUACAGUUGAAGAGUAGCCAUGGUUAAACAAAAACCCGUAAUUAAGCGCAAGAGCCUCCUACUGUGAAAUCCAUCCAUGGAGGUUAACCCAUAAGCCGAAAGACGGUUAAGUUUCCCUCCUCUUUCAAAACUCCACCUUCACUCGGUUUUCUUGUUCCCUCCAAAUCCCUCUGCUUCCAAUAUAUAGAUUCCCAGUCUUUGGAUUGGAUUCGAUCAUAAGUUCUGUCUUCUUCAAGGAGCCAAAGCCGAUUUCUCCUUUGUAUUUUUUUUGCCUCUCACAUUCCCUAUCGUUUGAUACCGUUACUUCUCCCGUUCGAAAACCCUAGCUUUCUCUUUUUCUUUGUUCGUAGGACUCCGUUCUUCGGCUGAAUCGAACCGGGUAUUCGCCGGUUUUGGCCAUAAUGAGUGGAAUUGUCAACUUCGCUGGCCCGCCUUUUCCGAUGUCACGCGAGAGCUUCUGUUCGCCGCAAUUGGCCCAUUCUGUGGAAACCCUAGAUGAGCCUUCGACGACGGCGCCGAUCAGAGCCCUUGUUGCCCAGUCACUUGCUCUCUUAUCGUCAGAUCUAGAUGAUCAGCCUUCCGCUCCGACUGAAUCCCUGGAUAAGCUUAGAAACCUAGACGGGUCUUGUUCUUAUUCGUGGCAAGAAACCCUUGUUGAUCCUAUUAUGCCGCCUUGUUAUGUGGGUUUCCAGAACAGAGAGGGCUUGCGUUCUCACUUAACGCCAGAGACUCGGAUUUUGCCUGCGAGUGAUUGCGGGGUCAACACUUUUAUACAAAUUCAGAAUUCUCUUAACGCUCGGGGCGAAAAGGAUGAUGCUUCCGGAGACUUGUAUACGUCUUAUCGGACAGGUAAUCACCGACCAGGUGGGUCUGUGGUGCUGACCGAACUGGGCUCGAAUUCAUUGCGGUCUACCUUGUCGGUUCCUCAACAGGAACUUUGGAAGAUUGUACCCACUGGCGUUGGUGCUGGGCUAUUGAAUUUAGGCAACACUUGCUUCAUGAAUGCGGUCCUGCAGUGCUUCACCCAUACUGUACCCCUCAUCGAGAGCCUAUAUUCAUGGAAGUAUUCAAGGCCCUGUACUUGUGCCAAUGAGUUCUGUCUUAUGCAGGUUCUACAAGAUCAUAUUGAGAUUGCAUUGAGAUCUUCAGGAGAUCAAAUCUCUCCUGUUCGAUUUUUUGACAAUCUUAAUCAAAUUUCAUCGGCCUUCCAGAGAUACUAUCAAGAAGAUGCCCACGAGUUCCUACAGUCAUUUCUAGAUAAGUUGGAGAGAUGUUGUUUGGAUCCUUUGAAUAGGUUUAGAUAUGUCUCUUCUCAAGGUGUCAACAUUGUUCAAGAUGUUUUUGGUGGUCGUCUGGUCAGUAGGCUGCGUUGCUGCAAUUGCAAUUCCUUUUCUGAUACAUUUGAAACUUCCCUCUGCCUGAGUUUGGGAAUUGACGAUGUGGAUGACCUUCCAAGUGCACUAGAAUCUUUUACCCGUGUGGAAAAGCUUGAAAACCUGUUAACAUGUGAUAGUUGCAAGAAAAAAGUUUCAAAGGAGAAGCAACUCGCUCUCAGCAAGUUGCCGCUGGUAGCCACAUUCCAUCUGAAGAGAUUCAAGAAUGAUGGAUUUUCUACGGAGAAGAUCUUGAAGCAUGUGAAUAUCCCCUUGGAGUUGGACUUAUGGCCUUACAUGAGUGGCAGUGAAGAAAAUGAAGUUUCUACAACCUACCAUCUAUAUGCACUUGUGGAGCAUCUUGGGAGUUCACUAACUGAUGGUCAUUACGUCUCGUAUGUGAGGUCUGCUCACGAGACAUGGCAUAAAUUUGAUGACUCGCGGGUAACGAGAAUCGAAGAAGGUUGCGUGCUAUCACAGGAUGCAUACAUUCUGUUUUAUGCCAGAGAGAGAACUCUGUGGUUCUCUAGUGUUUUUGAACGGAUUAAGCCAUUAUGCGGAGCAAACAUUCCGAGUUCCUCCCGAAAAUCGGUGCUUGAUCCUGCCUGCAGAGAGUUUGUAUCUGAUCACAGUGAUGAGGACAUCGAUAAAUCUAGGGUUGAAGAAACGUUUCGAUCAAUGGAAAAUCCUGCUUCCUGUUGUCCCGAGCCACAGGAAGAUGUGUUUCAUUCAGCGGAAUCAAACAGCAUUGUCUCUCCCUUUACCGAUGCUUUUGAGCCACCUGAGGCUGAAGAUUAUGACAGACUGUGCAUCGAGUCCCAUCUCCAAGAUUUAUCCAACUCAUACCUUAGCGGGGAUAGAGCGGCCAUCAACAAUGCAUGUGUCCCUGUGCCUGAGGCCCGGAGCCAAGCCUGUUCUAAAAUACACCAAGAGGGAAAAUUACAGAUUCAGCUGAGAAAGAAGACGGUACCGGAAGCUGUAGAAAGGGACAUAGCGUUCAGAAGCAUCGAGAGCCGACCUUCCCAGAGAAGGAGAAUGCAGCUUCAGCUUGAGACUGAUUCUCCGACAAAAAGAAAGAAAACGAAUGCCGCUGCUCGUAGGUCUCGUCUUCACCGGUUGUAGUGUAGAAUGCCCUUUUUCUGUUUUUGAGAUUGCCUCCUUUUAGUUUAGGUUAGGUAAGGAAAUCUAACAUAUGAUGAUUGGUUUAUCAGAGUGAGUGGAGAGAGGGCGAUAAGUUUUGCUAUAAGAUUAGAUUGGAUUUUAUUAGGGUUUUUUGGUCUGAUGUCAUAAGAUUGGUUUUUGGUGUCCUUCGGGACCUGGUGUGCAGUGGUUAGUGUUAAAGUGUCAAGAGGUUAUAGGUUCGAUUUCACUCUCUAAGGUUUAUCACCGCGUGCGUCCGAAGGACUGUGUGUGGUAAAAAAGAGAGAGAUUGGUUUUUGGUAUUUGGGCACAUCGUAAGAUGUCGUUGGUUUAUUAAAAAAAAUGUGCUGUUGUUCCAUUGAGGUGAUUCACUUGUGCCCUCAUGAACCCUCCCGAAGGAUUUUUGUCAGUUUUACGAUCUUUCUCGUAUUA